CGUUUCGGUUUGAGAACAAAUCGGUUUUCGAACUAUUCCUGGUUUGACUGUAUCAAAUUCUUAUUAUUACCGCUAGGUGGACACUGCUUUCAAAAUGGCGCUGUUCAGGAGAAUGCAUAAAAGUUUUGGUAUAUAUUUUCAGAAAUUUUCUAUUGGCAAUCAAUGUUUUAAUAGUAAUAGAGCAUCUAUCACAAAAGUUAGGAGAAAAAUAUAUGCCAAAAUGUAUCCUGCUGUUUUAGUUCAACCUGAUGGAUCAACAAUAAAUAUUAGAUAUCAUGAACCUAAGAUGAUAAUUAAGCUGCCUCCAGAUUUAGAUAAAAUGUCAGAAGAAGAAAAGCGGAAAUAUAUGAAUAAACAGAAACCAAAGGAGAAAGUUGUUCUAGAUAGCGAAAUAGAUGAUACUUUUGAUGUAAACCAAUAUAGUCAUUUAUGGAAGAAGAAAUAAGUGAAAAAUGUUUAAAUAAAUAAUCACAUCUUGUACAAUAAUCAUUUUUUUCUUUGUAGAUAUUUAUUUGGUGCUAAAUAAAGUUAUU